AUGAAGAAGGGAUUGAUCAAAGGUCCACCAGGUACACCAUGCGCACAAGAUACAUACCUGGGAUGGAUCCUUAUGGGUGGAAUUGACAUCAAGGUCAGGAAGUAUGAGCAAUCCUUAACGGUCAUGACACAAGAAGUUGAUGUAGAAGAUUUACUGAAAACAAUAUGGAAAGUUGAUGAAGAUACGCAAAGAAACCUAAUACAAAGGGAACAGUUAUGUGAAGAUAUAUACACUAAGACACAGAAGCGAGAUGAAUGUGGAAGAUAUGUUGUCAAAUUACCAUUCAACAUUGAAGAACCUAAUUCAACAGAAGGAAAUACGAGAGAAAUAGCAAUGAAGAGACAUAUGCAAUUAGAAAGAAGGUUCAAUCAAAAUAAAGAAUUAAAGCAAGAAUACAAGAAGAUAAUUGAAGACUACAUAUAUCUAAAACAUAUCGAAGAAAUACCUACAGAAGAAAUAAAUAAUAAAUCAGUCUACUUACCUCACCACGCCGUGAUCCGUAAUGAUAAAGAAACCACGAAGACUCGUGUCGUAUUUGACGCCUCGUGUAAGGGCUCCAACGGUGUCUCUCUCAAUGACGAACUGUUGACGGGUCCUGUACUGCAAGACGAUCUGAGAAACCUGAUAAUGAGGUGGAGAACUCACGCCGUUUGCUUUGUUGCUGAUAUCCAGAAAAUGUACCGUAUGAUAUGGGUUGACCGAGAAGACACAGAUUAUCAAAGAAUUUUUUGGAGAAACGACCAAUCUGAAGAAGUCAAAGACUACAGAUUGUUGACUGUUACAUUUGGGACAGCUUCUGCUCCCUAUCUCGCCGUAAGAACCCUUAUGAAAUUGGCAGAAGAUGAGGGCGACCGGUAUCCAGAAGAAGAUAUUGCGUGA